AUUAAAUCUAAUUAAAUCUUGAUUUAAGAAAUCAAAACUCCGUACUGGCACUCCCCCGGUAACAACUGACCGCCGGCCAGCCAGAGGCCGUCUGUUCUUUCAUAACAGGCGAAGGUUUGUUCUCAGAGAGAACAGACGAGAUGCGUCUGUUUUCAAAGAGAAUAUACGGAUCCAGUUUUUCGACAAAUGAGUUCGUUUGAGAACGAGCCUCUGCUAGCCGGAGUACGUUUUUUAUUUUUUUAAUAAUUAAAAUGGAAAAGUGUAAAUUGGAUCGUUAAUUAAAACGUUUUAUCAAUCAAAAGAUCUUUGACGGAUUAAUAUGAGACAUAUUGUAAAUAUUAAGGUAAUUUUGAACUUUUUUCUUGAUAAAUAUGACUUCGUUAACUGCCGUAUUUAACGGAAGAAUCUAUUUGGCCGAUUUAGAAUUUAGAGUGUUGAAUUGUUCUGUUUUGAAACGAGAAUUUAAUUGUACCCAAAAGUAGUUUAUGGGCUUAUUUAUACUUUUAGAAAAACUAUGAAGGUUUUUUUGGUAUUUUUUGCAAUUGCCUUCCAAGUUCCAAUGAAUAUUUGAACUCCAAAUAAAGAGAUAAAUUGUCCAUCGACAAUUGGAGCUGCCCGAUUUUUAGGGAUACUGUGGUUUGACUAAAAACUCAAUAAGAUUUCAGAAUUUUUCAGAUAUACCAUCCUUUGAUUUAUUUGUUAUCAUUCGUCAAAAGGGUGUAAUAACUUCAGGAAUUUUAGCAACUUUAGCACAUGCAAUAAAUAAUAGGGCAGGCAAAGAAAAAAUAUGAUAUUUCUAGGACGGUGAUUUUAUUUCAAACCAAAGCAUCUCAUCAAUUUCCUAUCUAUACGGUGACCAGUCGCGGAACGAAGUAGUGGGUAGGCUCUAGCCCGGACUACUCUCAAAAAAUUAAAAAAAACGAGGUACGAUUCACAAUGAAUUCAAAAUUAGAGGAGGUUAAUAUGAGCUGCCGAAAGGUUAGAGGUGGACUCAAAAUUAAGCUCAGACUGAAAUGGAAUCCUGGUUACGUUCUGAUAGGACCGAGUGAGCCAUAUACAUUGUCAUAUUUCCCGUCAUAUUAAUCUUCAUCGCACGUUGACACCUUGUUUAGAAAUACGCUGCUACCGAUAAACAUAAACUUAUAAUUUUUUAUAUCAUUAAUAUGAACUAAAAUUUGGAUAUCAGCUUAAAAUAUAAGAUGUAGAAUUUUGUAUCACUCAAUCUUUUACUCCAUCAUUAUUAUAAUAAUAAGUUAUAUCACUCUAACAAGCUAUAAAUACCUCUGAUUUUUUCAAUCUAAUAAAAAUAUCAAAACUCACUCACACAAGUUGAAAGAACACAAACUUGCCAUGGAAAUCAGCUAUUCAAGUUCAUCUUCGGCCAUCUUGUUCACAGCUACUACAAUCAUCAUCACCGCAAUUUUCUUGAAACUAAGAAAAUUACAUAACAAGAAUAAGAAAAGAUUACCACCAGGCGAAAUGGGACUACCUUGGAUAGGCGAAACAAUAGAAUUCUUCAAAGCGCAACGAAGAAACAAAUUAUUCGAGGAAUUUGUUCAACCACGUAUGCUAAAAUAUGCGAACAACAUUUUCAAAACGAGAUUAAUGGGUUCGCCAACAAUAAUAGUAAACGGAGCUGAGGCUAACAAGUUUUUUUUGUCGAACGAGUUCAAGUUAGUUAUCAGCUCAUGGCCUAGCAGCUCGGUUCAACUCAUGGGCAAGAACUCGAUCAUGGAAAAACAAGGAGAACGAUAUCGAUGCAUACGUGGGAUGAUCACUACAAAUCUUUCGAGUUCCGGACUUGAAGUUUUAGUGCCGAAAAUAUGCAAAUCAAUUGAGUCACACUUGGACAAAAAUUGGAAUAGAUCGAAUAUUAUUAGUCUCUAUAAUUCUACAAAGGCGUUGACAUUUAAUAUAGUGUUCGAGUGUUUUUUAGGGUUUAAAGUUGAAGACGAUAAAAUAAUUCUGAGUAAUUUUGAAAGAGUUCUUGAUGGGGUAUUUGCACCACAAAUAUUUUCAUUAUUACCUUGGUCUAGGGUCUCAAGAGCAAAGAAAGCUAGGGCAGAAAUAGAGAAAAUGUUGGUUAAAAUUGUGAGAGAGAAGAGAAAAAUGAUGGAAUUAGGGUUGGAAAAAGUUGAUGGUGGAAAUUUAUUAUGUCAAUUAGUUGGUGGAAUGAUUAGAGGAGAAAUUAGUGAAGAAGAGGUUAUUGAUAAUGUGGUUUUAUUAAUUUUUGCUGCUCAUGAUACUACUUCAUUUGCCAUUUCCAUGAUUUUCAAAAUGUUAGCUCAUCAUCCUGAUUGCUAUGCUCUAGUUCUUCAAGAACAUAUGGAGAUAAUGAAGGAGAAGAAAGAGGGAGAGAAGGUGAAAAUGGAAGAUACAAAGAAGAUGAAGUACACGUGGCAAGUGGCACGUGAAAGCAUGCGCCUGUUUCCACCAAUAUUUGGCUCUUUUAGGAAAGCCAUUACCGAAAUUGAAUAUGAAGGUUUUAUCAUUCCCAAAGGAUGGAAGGUACUAUGGACAACACAUGGGACACACUACAAUGAAGAGUAUUUCAAAGAUGCAAAAAGUUUCAAGCCAACAAGAUUUGAAGAGCCAAUCUCAGGAUAUGUGUAUGUCCCCUUUGGAGGAGGUCCAAGACUGUGUGCAGGCUACCAAUUAGCCAAGCUUAUUAUUCUCAUAUUUGUGCACUAUGUGGUCACUCUUUAUGAUUGGUCUGUGAUCCACCCUAAUGAGCAUAUCUCCUUUGAUCCUCUCCCUUUCCCUUCCCAUGGAAUGCCCAUCAAAGUUUCUCCCAAAACAAAAAUGUAGAUCUUCAUUACCAUUACAAUAUUGUUGAGAUUCAAUUA